UUGAAUUGCUAUGCGAAAUUAAAAGAUAUUGAUAAACUGGAGAAGUUCAUUAAAUCUCCAGGUGAUCUGAAAUUUGACCUCGAAACCGCCAUUACAAUGUGCAGACAAGGUGGUUACUAUGAGCAAGCUGCUUACCUUGCGAAAAAGCAUGGCGAACAUGAGUUAGUAGUGGAUAUCUUGAUAGAAGACUCGAAACGAUAUCCGGAAGCUCUACAAUAUAUCUGGCGAUUAGACCCUGAUGCUGCUUAUCCAAUUCUCAUGAAAUAUGCUAGAGUUCUUUUGGGGCAUUGCCCGAAAGACACAACUCAAGUCUUCAUUGACUACUACACAGGAAGCUACAGGCCAAUGAAAGACGUUGUUAUCACUUCGGAAGCCCCUGUACAGCAUGCUGGGUAUGCGGCUGGUGCCGCGGGUGCCGCUGCAAUGUUUAAUGCUACACCAGCCGACGGCCAAGUAACUGAAGAUCUUGAACCACCGCCACCGGCUUACAGCCCGCCGCAACCAAGGACUGCGUUCUCUUCUUUCGUUGAUCAUCCUGAGGAAUUCAUAGUAUUCUUGGAAGCAUGUCUCAAAGAGCCGGGCCUGAAAGAACGCGAUAAGAUUGAUCUGUAUACGACCCUGUUCGAGAUGUACCUACAUAAAUCGAAUGAAAAGAAUGGGCGUGAUCGCGAAGAAUGGGAAGGUAAAGCGAAAAAGCUUAUCGAGGGUGAAGAUAUUCCCAUUGAUAUUUCUAACGUACUUUUACUUUCCCAUCUCUCGGACUUCAAGGAUGGUACUACGCUUGUUCGUGAACAAGCUGGUCUACGUUUCGAUAUCUUCCGAUCAUAUGCUGCUGCAAAGGACACUCGCGGUGCUAUCAAAGCUUUACGAAAACCAAGAAUUCUCGAAGAAGCUGGGGACGAAUUGGACGCAGUAUUGGAAAAGAUCGACGCCGAUGGACUUAUGGCACCUUUACAGACAAUCGAACGUGAACGCAAAGAAAUCGCCACCAAUCGUCGUACUAUCACUUCAUAUCGUACAGAUACGGAAAGCAAACGUCAAGAAAUCAACGAACUUUCGUCCAAGCCUCAAACUUUCAACGCCACACGCUGUUCUUUCUGCAGCACACAACUAGAUCUUCCCACGGUCCAUUUUCUUUGCAAACAUAGUUUCCAUCAACGAUGUCUCAAAAAUGAUGACGAAGGAAAUGUGGAAGGAGACUGCCCAACUUGUAAAAAGGAAAAUGACACGAUUAAGGCAAUCAGGAGAGGCCAGGAAGAGACAGCUGAGAGGCAUGAUUUGUUCUUGGAUAUGCUUGGUAGGAGUGGAGAUAAGUUUGGGAUGGUGGCGGAGUUUUUUGGUAGGGGGGUUAUGGAAGUUCCGGGGGUGGAGUGA